ACGAGACCUACAGCUAGGUGUACAGAGUACAGUCCUGUCUACCUAAGGCUUUACAACAUCACGCCUUAUCCUGUUUGAGGAAAUCUGUGGAAGAUGAGAUGCGUAGAGUGGUCGUGACGGGUCUAGGGGCUGUGACGCCUUUAGGUGUUGGUGUCCGCCGAACGUGGCAACGCUUGCUCAAUGGCGACUGUGGCAUCGUUUCAACGAGACACCUUGGGGAUGAGUUCAAAGCCAUCCCGAGUCAAGUCGCGGGUCUUGUGCCAACUGGCGUGAGCUCGAACGAGGAGGGAUCAUGGCGGGCGAAGGAUCAUGUCACACCUACUGAACUAAGACAGACGGCCAAAUUCGCCCAGUACGGUCUCGCGGCAUCGGCAGAAGCACUCAAGGACGCUGGCUUUGAAGGUGGGAAAGGACUGGAUCCUGAGAUGACGGGUGUCUGUCUGGGCUCAGGUAUCGGCAACCUGGAAGAGCUUUACGAUACGUCUGUGGCGUAUGCCCAGGAGAAGAACUACCGCAAAAUCCAUCCGCUCUUCGUCCCUCGCCUCCUCAUCAAUCUGGGAGCCGGCCAUAUAUCCAUGAGAUACAACCUCCAGGGCCCCAACCACGCCGUCACCACAGCAUGCACCACCGGAGCUCAUUCGAUAGGCGACGCAUCACGGUUCAUCAAUUCAGGCGAAGCAGAUGUCAUGAUCGCUGGGGGAGCAGAGGCCUGCAUUCAUCCACUCGCGAUAGGCGGGUUCGCCAGAUCGCGCAGUCUAGCCACUGCAUUCAAUGACGAGCCACAAGUGUCGUCCAGGCCGUUCGACCAAGACAGAGCAGGCUUUGUCAUCGGAGAAGGUGCUGCAUGCGUGAUUCUCGAGGAGCUCGAGCACGCAAAAAGCAGAGGUGCCAGAAUCUACGCCGAAUUGGUCGGCUACGGCAACUCGGCUGACGCACACCAUCUCACCGCUCCGCGAGAAGACGGCAACGGUGCUCUUCUCGCCAUGAAAAAGGCUCUCAAGCAGGCACAAAUUCGUCCAUCAGAGGUUGACUACAUCAAUGCUCAUGCAACUUCUACUCCGCUUGGAGAUGCCGCUGAAAAUCAAGCAAUCAAGACCUUGAUGCUCGGAGGCCACGGAAGACAAAAAGCUUCUGAGAUCAAUGUUAGCAGCACCAAAGGCGCCAUUGGCCAUCUACUAGGUGCUGCGGGAGCUGUCGAGGCUCUUUUCACUAUCCUAACGAUAAACGAGAACAUGUUGCCUCCCACGACCAAUCUGUUUUCGCGUGGUGAGGGCUUCGAUUGCAACUACGUUGCAAAUACUGCGCAACAGGCAAAGGUGCAAGUGGCGCUUACCAAUAGUUUUGGUUUCGGCGGGACGAAUGCUAGCAUUUGCUUUAAGAAAUGCGUUUGAGGUCGUCAAGCCAUAACCAAUUGGUGGAGGAUGUGUUGGACAUCGAUCGAAAUGAGGUGCUUCGAAGCACUGGCGUGCGCAGGGUCGCUGACAAGAAUCGCAAGACAAGAAUCGCAAGCUUUGCUAGUCUGUGACCGAGAAGGCUCACUCACUUCAGCUAAAGCGCGGAUUGAAACGUCGGGAACGUUGUGACCGACGGGUAGGUGGACGGACUUCCGAACGAAUAGGAGUACGCGCUAUGGUCUUGCCUCGACCAGGAACAACGACAUCAUCGCUAUCGGUCACAACUUCCGACUUGCCAGAGUCUCCCAGCAGGCUAUCAUUGUCUUCAGCAGUGACUGUUGAAGAUCGACCCUCGUUCUGGCUGUCAUCUUCGUCAGGCGUGAGAACUGGAGUCUCGUCCUGGUACUCGCUAUCGGCGCCUUUAUACUUGGGUGUUGUUGAAAAUUCGUACUUGAGCGGGCCAACAACAUCUGCAGGUUCGUCCUGCUCUGUUUCCGGCACGUCUUCUUCGGCCUUGCUGUCCGUAUCGGAGACGUCCUCCUAGGAUACGUCAAUGGAUGUCUUUCUGGAAUGUGCUCUCAUGCCUGGUUGAGCCAUGCCAACGCCUGUCGGCGCUGGUGAAGCAGAUAUGGCUUGCGAGAAAGCAUCAUGGGUUGCAGAUGGAGGAACCGCACUGCGACCAGCGUCGGCCGGUACGCUGAACAAUCCUGCACCUCUAUUGCCGCUCAUGGCGUUGGACAGCGUCUCUCUGAGGCGAAUGAGCUGAUAAUUGCGUCUCCUGGGGACUAAGGGUGCGGUGACAAGCGGCUGAGGGCUGGCUAGACUUCUCGCUAUGGCCGACAUAACGGCAUCGCGUUCUUCAUCAGAAUCGACAGGUCCUGCUAGUGUUGGAUCGAGAUCCUCUUCCAGAAGAGCCGGGGCGUUGGCGUCGAUCGCCGCUUCUGUAAAUCAUACAUAUUAACAUCGAUCAGAA